CGCGGCGCAAGAUGGGGACUUGGCGGCGGGCAAGACUGAACCUCCCAGCAUGCUUUGCAGCCCGGCCGAGAGGCCCGACGUCUAGUGAUGGGGAGCCUUUGGUGCUCUACGCCGCCAAAUCGGCUGUAGCGGUUGAGGUUGAGCCCGGGGCCUGGGAAUUGGACGCUCGCAGAGGGGGAAAAUGGAAGCGUGGCGCUGUGUGAGGAGGGGCUACGGCCGCUGUGUGGUGGGGAGAGGCAGAUACCCCAUGUUACCCCACCACCAGAAGAGUCUGGGCAGAGACUGGACUGCACCGUGGGAGAAUCUGCAAAGGUGUUGCUGGAACAGACAUAUUUCUAGUUGUAUGAGGUGGCCUGGACAUUAUUCUCGUGCUCCUUACCCAUACUUCAGUAGUAGGCAUUUUUCACUAAAUUGGAGACCACCUUGUUUGUUUGAGUCUAGAACUCAGUUUCAGUACUGGAACUGGAGACCUGACAACCUGAGCCAGACAUCUUUGAUUCAUCUCUCUAGUUACAUCAUGAACUCUGAGGGAGAUGAGCCUUCAUCAAAACGAAGAAAACACCAAGGCACAAUAAAACGUCAUUGGGAAUAUAUAUGUAACCAUAAUAAAGAAAAAACGAAGAUCCUAGGAGACAAAAAUGAUGACCCCAUAUGUGAAGACAGUGAGAACAAGUUUGACUUUUCAGUGAUGUCCUAUAAUAUACUUUCUCAAGAUUUAUUGGAAGACAAUUCACACCUUUAUAAACACUGCCAGCGGCCAGUAUUACACUGGAGUUUUAGGUUUCCCAAUAUUCUGAAAGAAAUUAAACACUUUGAUGCAGAUGUACUUUGUUUGCAAGAAGUGCAAGAAGAUCAUUAUGGAACAGAGAUCAGGCCAAGUUUGGAAUCAUUGGGUUAUCACUGUGAAUACAAGAUGCGGACAGGAAGGAAACCUGAUGGCUGUGCCAUUUGCUUCAAACAUUCCAAAUUUUCCCUCAUAUCAGUGAACCCAGUGGAAUUCUACCGCCGUGAUGUUCCUCUAUUGGACAGAGACAAUGUUGGAUUAGUGUUACUCUUGCAGCCCAAAAUCCCAAGUACUGCCUCCCCUGCGAUCUGUGUGGCUAACACACAUCUGUUGUAUAACCCAAGGCGAGGUGAUAUUAAACUGACCCAAUUGGCAAUGCUUCUGGCAGAGAUUUCCAGUGUUGCCCAUCAGAAAGAUGGCAGCUUCUGCCCCAUUGUUAUGUGUGGUGACUUUAAUUCUGUUCCUGGAUCUCCACUGUAUAGUUUUAUAAAGGAAGGGAAAUUGAAUUAUGAAGGACUUGCCAUAGGAAAGGUAUCUGGCCAGGAACAGUCUUCACGGGGACAAAGAAUUUUAUCUAUUCCAAUUUGGCCCCCAAACCUAGGUAUCUCACAGAACUGUGUGUAUGAGGUACAGCAGGUACCAAAAGUAGAAAAGACAGACAGUGAUCUGACACAAACACAGCUGGACAAAACAGAGGUCCUAGUAACAGCUGAAAAAUUAUCUUCAAAGUUACAGCACCAUUUCAGCUUGUCAUCUGUUUAUUCACAUUAUUUUCCUGACACUGGAAUUCCAGAAGUGACCACCUGUCAUUCCCGAAGUGCCAUAACUGUGGAUUAUAUUUUCUAUUCUGCUGAAAAGGAAGGUGUUGCUGGGCAGCCAGGAGCCGAAGUUGCUUUGGUUGGUGGCUUGAAACUUCUAGCUAGACUGUCACUUCUUACAGAACAAGACUUAUGGACUGUUAAUGGACUUCCAAACGAAAAUAACUCUUCGGAUCAUCUGCCUUUAUUGGCUAAAUUCAGACUUGAGCUCUGACUCUUCUUUGAUUACAUAUAUACUGUGCUUUCCCAUUUAUGUUCUUUUUCAAAGAAUGUGAAGUUGUUAAGAGUUUGCAUGUUACUUAUUUUUACGCUAUGGAAUUUCUGAAGAGGUUAUGUUAAAUGCUUGAAACAGGUAGCAGAAGAAACAAGUUUACAACAAUUUUCUUUUUUUGAUAAUGAAAAAAUAUUUUCCUGACAAGUGAGAUCUAAACGCUCUUCAUUGUAAAAGAGUUGUAAAUAUUUAUUCUAAAUUCCAGUAAAAUUGACAGUGAUUUUU